UUUCUGACAACUUUAGCUAGCUUUUAUUUUCGCCAUGGCCAGGGCAUAUUUAAUGCAUGGGUCACAGUAAAGACUGAAAGAAAGUAGACCAGUCAGAUGGUCGAUUAUCAAAAGCAGAUGAUUGGGAUCUUGCUGAACACCUGUCACUUCAAUGUCGAGAGACGAUCGGUGGGAUAUGGACUCAUUCCACUGCCUCCCUCUCCCGACUGUAUAUAAAAAGCCUUCUCUGUGCUCAAAAGGACACACCAAUCCAACAAAUCCAAUCGGAUUCUUCUCCAAAUCAAGAUGUCCAAACUCCCCUUCUCUGUAUUUCAUUUUCUCGUAUUCCUCUGCUGCUUCAGUUCAGCAGCUCCCAUUAGAAAUGGGUUGCUGAUGAACGGAAACUUCGAGAAUGCUCCGAAGCCCUCAGCUCUGAAGGGCACAGAGAUCAUCGGUUCGGAUUCGCUGCCCUUCUGGAAGAUCAGAGGCUUUGUGGAAUAUAUCACAUCUGGGUAUAAGCAAGGAGACAUGCUGCUCAUAGUUCCGCAGGGUGAUCAUGCGGCAAGGCUCGGGAAUGAGGCGCAGCUGAGCCAGAGAGUGGAGGUGAAGAAGGGUUCUCUGUAUUCACUCACAUUUAGCGUGGCUCGAACCUGUGCCCAGGUGGAGACCUUAAAUGUCUCUGUUCCGCCUGAGGCAGGGGAGCUGCCAAUGCAGACAUUGUAUAGCAGCAAUGGUUGGGAUUCCUACGCCUGGGCUUUCCAUGCAUCUGCGAGCGUUGUAGACAUCCUUCUGCACAAUCCAGGCGUGGAGGAGGAUCCCGCCUGCGGGCCCCUCAUCGACGCUAUUGCCAUCAAGGAGCUCUUUCCACCCCGCUAUGUUAUGGGUAAUCUGAUAAAAAAUGGGGAUUUUGAAGAGGGGCCUCUGGUUUUCCGCAACUCUUCCAUGGGCGUUCUGCUGCCUCCCAAUAUUGACGACGACAACUCCCCCUUACCAGGCUGGAUGAUCGACUCGCUUAAGGCCGUGAAAUACAUCGACGCUUUCCAUUACACUGUUCCGCAGGGACGAAGGGCUGUGGAGCUUCUAGCAGGCAAAGAGAGCUCCAUUGCACAGAUCGUGAGAACACAGGUGGGGAAACCAUAUUUACUGAGCUUUGUGGUUGGGGAUGGAAGCAAUUCGUGCAGUGGAUCCAUGAUUGUGGAGGCCUUUGCCGCAAAAGAGACUGUGAAAGUUCCAUAUGAAUCCAGGGGAACCGGAGGCUUCAAAAGAGCUCAGAUGGUAUUCACUGCAAUUUCUGCAAGGACUCGCCUUGUGUUCUACAGCACAUAUUAUCAUAUGAGGAGUGAUGAUAUGAGUUCAUUGUGUGGACCAGUCAUUGACGACGUCAAGCUGGUUGCUCAUUAACUUCAUUACUCUUAUGGCUCUGUUUCGCUCAUCUACUCUACUGCUUCUAGGCAGAUAAGAGGCCUGUAUUAACAUAUAGCUAAUUGUGUGAGAUAUGCUUAAUAUGUAUGUUUGCUCUUGCUUCUGUAUAGAAGCAGAUUAUACCUAUAUCCAAAUGGAUUCAUUAGCUUUAUAAAUGCAUUUCAUAAUGCAUCUUGAAUAUUGAAUAGAUAAUGUUUCUAAUAUAAUGUUUUAUUUAUCA